UUCUCAACCUCUUUCUCUCUUCCUAAUUCCCUUGAUCCUAAGUCCUUUCCUCUCCCUCUCUCUCUCUCUUCUUUGGAAAUUCUUCUGCAGUACCUAAGUGUUGUAUAAUACUUGUUGUGGCAGAGGCAGGUCUCAGAAUUUUGAAUAGAAACUGGUGAUCACAUUUACUAGUUAUUUUUCAAUUGGAAAAGAUCAGAAGAAGUUGUGGAGAGAGAUGGCUCCUGUUUCAUUGCCUCCUGGUUUUAGGUUUCACCCCACCGACGAAGAACUCGUGGCUUACUAUCUCAACAGAAAGAUCAAUGGCCGUAAGAUCGAACUCGAGAUCAUCCCCGAAAUUGAUCUCUACAAGUGUGAGCCAUGGGACUUACCAGGAAAAUCAUUAUUGCCAAGCAAAGAUCUUGAGUGGUAUUUCUUUAGUCCUCGAGACAGGAAAUACCCGAAUGGAUCAAGAACUAAUCGUGCAACUAAAGCUGGUUACUGGAAGGCCACAGGGAAGGAUCGAAAGGUGAACUCGCAUAUGAGGGCUGUUGGCUCCAAGAAAACCCUAGUUUACUACAGAGGGAGAGCACCCCAUGGAGCUCGAACGGAUUGGGUCAUGCAUGAGUACCGGCUAGAUGAGAGAGAAUGUGAAACUCCCUCAGGCUUGCAGGAUGCUUAUGCGCUUUGUCGCGUGUUUAAGAAGAGCGCGAUUGGCCCCAAGAUUGAAGAGAAUUAUGCUUCUGUAGCUGCUAAUCAGAUGUCCAGUGAUCACUCAUCCAGUAUUGACCUAUAUUCUGAGGGAAGGUGUGAAGAUUUGGAAACCUCUGAUCACUAUCCAAUGCCAUUAGAUGCAUGCUCACCUAGCAUCAUCCAUGGUGGAUCUUCCCUAAAUAUUAAUGGUGGAAAUGAUGAGAAAUGGAUGCAGUACUUAUCAGAAGAGGCGUUUAGCUUUGCCAAUCCAUCAUUUUCAAAUCAUGCAACCAUUCCAUAUCCCCCAUCUAAGGUUGAUAUAGCAUUGGAGUGUGCAAGAUUGCAGCACCGGUUCACGAUGCCUCCAUUGGAGGUGCAAGACUUCCCACCAAUGGGCUUUGUUGAACCUAAUAUGCCACUGUCAAGUGCCAUCCGCGGAAAUGAAGACAUCUUGCAGGAAAUUCUUUCGGUUGCUCAAGUUUCUCAGGAACUGAUAAAUCAAAACACUUGGGGAGGAAAUUGUGCCAUUGCUGAUGAAUUUUCUUUUCUAGUUGAUACGGACCACAUUCAUGACAUGGGCUCUUCAAAACUCAUGGACAAAUCAAUGGAACAUCAGAAUGCUAGGUCUAUAGAAAUUGGAGAUUUGCAUGGUGAAUUUCAAAGUGGGAGAGUUACUGAAAACUUGAGAUGGGUGGGAAUGUCAAGCAAAGAUCUAGAGAAGAGCUUUACUGAAGAAUACAAGACAGUUCCAAUAGAAAACAUCUCAAGUUUGCAAAGAAGAGAGCAAGAGGUUCAAGGAGGUCAAACCGAUCACCACGACAACUUCAAUGAUCUGAUCAAUAAGACUAAUGAAGUAGAUGAUUUUUCCCUUGAAUUUGCAGAUGAUAACCCGAGUGACAAUUUUUUAGAAGAUGGCGACGUAGAUGAGUUUUCCGAUACUCCUACCUUUGAAGUUUAUGAGAAAAUUGAAGUGAAUCAUGGAAUGUUUGUUUCAACUCGCCAAGCAGCCGAGACAUUCUUUCAUGUACUCAUGCCUUCAGAGACAGUGAAGGUCCAUCUAAAUCCAGUGUUUUUGCAUGAGUUCCCAAUACCAAAACUAGAUUUCCCAACAAGGCCUAAAACUAGAAGAUUACUUGACAAGUUCAUGGCCUUUGCUAAAAAAAAGUUCACAAGGACUAACCAAUCUAUGAAGCCAUUGAAGAAAAUAAUGAGCACUAUUGUCACUGUAAUUGCACUUCUAUUGGCUUAUAGCAUAUAUAUUGGGGAACAUUUGGAAGACGAAGAGCUGAGAGAUGGCUUUGCUCUCAUGACUAACAAUGGUGUGAAGAACAAAGAGGAAGAUUGCUCUACCAAGGACAAGAAGAUCAUGAAGAAACCAUGUAGAGUGAAGUGGAUUAAUUACAAGAAAAACAAGAUAUGGCCUUACCUUACCAUUGUUUUGGCUCUUUCUACCAUUUAUGUACACUAUGUUGGAGCUUAAUUAAUUGCUCUUUGACUUUCUGAUUUUAUUGUAUUACUAACCAUAGUUGUAUUAGGAGAGGCAAAGUUAGCCUUCCCCUAAAUUUGGAUUCAAAUAUAUCUUGAUUAAUUUGUAUUUUCAUAUUGAAUACAUCAUAUUAAUGAAUGACUGUUAUUUAAACA